AGUUUGCCAUCGAACCGUGACCACAGCGACAGAAUCGACCAAAGCCGCGCGCGCAAUUAGCCAAGUGCUCUCGCCUGACCCAUAUUCUAUCUAUCAUUCAUUGCUACACAGCGACGACUUCAUCUCAAAUACACGAUUACCCGACGCCCACAUUUGAGCUUCGCUCUACAGCCUCAGAAGGCCCUAGCUGCCUAACAGUACCUCGUUCUUUACGAAAUUGUCCGACGCCUACAUUUUGCACGAUGCCAGUGUCUCACAGACACGCCCAUCCCCGGAGGGAACUGAUCGAUGUGGUCGGCGAUAUUGUCGACGGUGCCAAUGUGGCCCCAGGCGCGAUUCCCGUUCAAGGUGAAAAGCGCGAUGCCGAUGCCCAGCAGGAUGAGGCCGGGACCAGCGUUCCCACGGUGAUCGAUGCGCCAACAAAGACCGCCAAUAUUGCUACAGCUACCGAGAUUGCCAAAGCCACCGGGCACGCGACGAAGCCAGGCGAUGAGAUCAUCGGCAAGGUUACUGCGACUGCGACGGAACCGCUCAGUGUACCUACUCAGUCCUCGUCCUCAAAGAACUCGGAUGAGCAGGUCGAGGAAGGCAUGACCGCUGGAGCCAAGGCCGGUAUCGCUUUUGGCAUCCUCGGCGGUGUGCUCCUCAUCGCCGGACUAGUCUACUUCAUUGUGAACCGACGAAAGAACCGCCAGCAGAACAACGAGGAGAAGUUCGCGCCAGCUGGCUUGGCGCCACCUCCACCGAUGAAAGACCCUGUCAAGACAUCGAGCAAGUCUCCCCGUCUCAGCCUGCGACCGGUCACACAAUUCUUCCCCAACUUCAGCGACAAGCACACCAGCAAGGGCCCCUUUGGUGCCUACUCCAUGAGCACCGCGGGUGCAUCUGGUCCAGGUAACCGCUCCCCAGGCCCCUCGCCAUUCGACCGCCCUGGGACUAGCCACAGCACGCAUCCUGCCAACCCAUUCGGCAACCAAGCUGAACGUGCGGCUUCACCGAUCACGGAGGAACACAGCAUGUACGCCCGCAACACGCCUCCUACCCCGGAUAGGAGUGCCAAACCGUUACCCUCCAUUGGUCGCCAGCAGUCCAUGCGUACUGAUCGCGCGAGGAAUCUUGACCUAACCCUGCCGGAGUCGAGGGGCCCACCCAGCCCUGCAGGUACAGAGUUCAGCAUGUCAUCCAUUGCUCCUGGUGCAGGUUCUGCUGCUCCAUCAAGUGGCGCUGCUGCGAUCGCAGCCGCCGGCGGUCCCCAGAACACUCAUGUCCACCGUGUUCAGCUUGACUUCAAGCCUAGUUUGGAAGAUGAAAUGGAGCUUCGCGCGGGCGAGCUGGUCCGACUUCUGCACGAAUAUGACGACGGCUGGGCGCUUUGCAUCAAGCUUGACCGUUCUCGCCAGGGUGUCGUGCCACGAACUUGCUUGUCAACUCGCCCUGUGAAGCCUAGGCCACCCCAGGGCGGUGCUCGCGGGCCCUCUGUCAACCCCAACGGACGUCCCGCGUCACCAGCUCACUCUAUGAAUGGACCUGGACGCUCGGCAUCGCCUGCGGGUUUCCGGUCCCAAUCGCCUGCCGGGGGUCGAUCACAAUCGCCAGCAGGGCGCCCUCGCGCACCUAGCAAAAGCCACGGGCCGAGCCCCAUGAACCCCAAUGCUAGGCCAAACCGUCCGGCGUCUCCCGGGUCAGUGUUUGGCCAGGCCAUGUGAAGAGGAAUCAGUACAGCCACCUGAAUUGCAUAAACUUAAUCAUCAUCUGCGACAAGGGCCGUCGAAAGAAGAAGACGGUUAAUAGGAAAGGCGUUCGAUAUUUGCUGUGGAUCAGCUGAGCAUUUCGUUGUGUGCGGCCCAUAUGGAUGGGCCGGGGAGUUCUCUUUUUUUUUUUUACCUCGUCAGGGGUUUCAUUCUCAACACUCGCUGGUCACACCUAUUACCCCUGUUAUGAGAUUUGGUCUCAAGAGGCUUUAUUUCUUUUUCUAGUGCUUUGCAUGCUUUCAUGUAUUGACGAGGCGCCAGACGUCUGCAUUUGCUCAAGGCGAGAUGUCGAAAGCUGUGUUGUUUGCUUGGGAACUAGCAAGCCAACACUUUGAUGAGAUAGAUGAUUGA